AUGUGCUUUGUAUCAUGUCUUAAGCCCCAAAAUAUGGGAUUUUGGGGCAACACGUACAACUGCCGAAGAGACCAGCCUUCCACCCUUUGCUUUUCUCUAGCAUAAUAUAAUACACCGUAUCUUCCCUUCUUCAGAUUAAUCUAGACAAUUCUCCAGUCUCAAUUAAUUGUGGAUUCAACACUGCGACCCUUUGAAUGUUCUUGGCGGAGUCCAAUACAUAGUUUUGAUUUAUCCAUAAGAUUAGUUCUAGCCUUCUAGGAUCGUUCAAUUUUGAUAUGUGAAGAUGUGAAUCGGAGGCUUCAUGGCCAUCCAACCGGGUCCUCUUUUCUGAGUCUUGUCAUGUCAGGAGAACACGUGGAGCAGCAGGGGAUGUCCGUGGAUGCCAAAAGAGACAUGGAGGAGGAAAGACUCGAUUUGAUCAGCAAGCUGCCUCCUGAGAUCCUGGGCCGCAUAGUGUCGUUUCUUCCAUUGAAACAGGCGGUGAGAACUAGCUCUCUUUCAACUCCACGGAGGAGCCUCUGGGCACCACUCCAAGUGGAUUUGUGCUUUGCUUCAGAUCAAAUGACUGGUCAGGAAGCUAGCAAAGAGGCAGCACAAGUUAUGGCUACUUUCUUGCGGUCUUGUCAGAGACCACAGCAAUGGAAAUUCCGCCUAGGCCUUCCGAAAAACAAGCAAGAGCCCUCCAAAACGGUCCAACAACUGCUUGUCUUGGCUACCAUGGGGGUAGAUAAGGAGCUCCACCUUAACUUCUGUGAUGGAGAACAAGUGCCCAAUGUUUUCCAAUUGACACUGGGGCUGCCUACAAAGACAUCCGGUCUUUCUUCUCUCAAGUCUCUCCAUCUUAGAUCAGUUACUCACUUUGCUGAAAACUUGGUCUCCACUUUGUUCUCCAAUUGUCUGCUUCUCGAAAACCUGAAGCUUGAAAAUUGCAGUGGAUUGCAAAGCAUCAAUAUUGAAGCGGGGAACUAUCUAGAGAGCUUCACGGUGACGAAUUGUCACGAUAUGGGUAACAUUAAAGUUUCUGCACCCACUCUCAAAUCUUUCAAGUGUCAAGGAGUUCUUCCUUUGAUUCAGCUGAAGAACACUUCAAACUUGAUUGACGUGGUGCUCAAUUUAAGGGAUGGUCUAGGCUACACCGAGUUCGACUGCGAGGAACUCCUAUAUCUCCUAGCCUCUCUCAAGGAAGUUGAGAUUCUCACCAUAAGUGGCUGGCUUCUUGAGUGGAUGUGCUCAGCAGGAGUGAUUUUCGGGCAGCUUCAAUUCAGAUUCAACAAAUUAAAGGAAUUACGGUGGAUUGAUUCUUUGAUGAACAGAACCAAGAGGGAUUCACUGGCUUGUUUCCUAAACAGGAAGGAGCACUCCUUCCUUGGAAAAGUUGUACAUUGAGAUUGAUCAAAGUCUCAGUUCCAUCCCCCAUCCCUUUUUUCACCAUUACUGGCAUGAGCCUCACCUCUGGAUGGAUUAUAAAACCGUGAAAUGCAAUGCAUCACAGCUUGGAGUCCUAAAAUCGGUGAGGUUGGUGGGCUUCACAAACGAAGAGGAUGAAUUACUAUUGAUGGAUCUUUUGCUGAAGAAGGCAGUCACCCUCAAGUCCAUGACUGUAACAUCACCCGAGAAUAAUUCAUGGAGUGUUGCAAAGGUCCCUCUGAGUCAGCUAAAGCAGACGUCCAGAAGCUGCGUAAAGCAAAUGGUGGUUUCGGCUUCAAACAAGGAAUACUGUUUUAGAUUUACGGGAGAAGAUAACAGUUGCUCAUGUGAGGGUUGUAUCUAAAAAUUUGAGGCUUUCCUUCCCUCCUGAGGGAAGAAAUUAAUGCUAUGUACAUAAAACUUUCUUCAAUGUUUGUUCAAUUGCAUACCAAUUCGGUGGUCC